CUACCGACCCUGCUACUCAACGCGUUUGUCUCACACGUCAUUCCAAUUUUCUAUUUCCUAUGAAGGAACCAAUGAACCUAUAUAUAUUUUGCACCCCCUAGAUUCCAAUCACAUUCAACCUUCUCAUUGUUCAACUCAUUAGAAAACAACAACUAAUUCAACAAUCGAUCAUCAUCUUCAGUUCUUCAGCAUGAGUAACUUCAACAAUCAGCAACAAGCCCCUAUUUCAUAUCCAGCAACUGAGACAGCAUACCCUACAGCAGCUCCAUAUGUUGCUGCCCCACCACCCAUGGGUUAUCCUUCCAAGGAUGGUUCUGAAGGGAACUUCCAACAGAGAGUUCCAGAGGAAACCACUAGCAGGGGUGAUGGUUUCUGGAAGGGAUGUUGUGCUGCUAUCUGCUGCUGUUGUGCCCUGGAUAUCUGCUUCUGAUUGAACCGCUCAGCAUAGACUUGUGGCGCGUGUGUUAAUUCUUUGUAGUUUGUUGUAGAAUAAUGAUCUUUGUCUUUUUGACAGAAUGUAUUUGUUGUCCAUUUGAUGGAUGUUUUUCGUUUCCCUAUAGUACAUGGAAACUUUAUUUUGAUGUAUGUAUUUAGACAAUAUCUUGUGAUUUUUUAUCUAUAAGAAAAAUUUCUCGAA